AUGUCUUCACAGGCGAAAGAUUCUUCACUAAUGAUGGUUGCCGUCGAUUUUUCAAACAUACCAACACGUGUUCCACACGUCAAAACGGUUCAACCACAAAUGAUUGAAGUAUUUGAAGGUGCAAAAACACGGAGAAAUCACCGACUUCUGCAACGAAAGGAAAUAGUACAAAAGGAGUUGUCUACACAUCCUGAAGAAUUUGAGCAGUUUACGAGUAAUCAAGAUUCAUUGUAA